CCCACUCAUUUCCGUUACCCUCUACCUCCCGCAAUCACCAGUAGAGGGCUAAUUGCUCCGUAAAUUUUCUUCUGCGUGCUCCCGAAUUAUGCAAAAAAGAACAAUGAUCCUGUAAAUUCAAAAAUAAGUGACGCAAAACGUAUUUUAAAGCUGAAACGACAGUCCACGGACGCAAUUGCGAGUUAAUCACCGCAUAUUUUAAUGUUUUGGAAACAAGGGACACUCGCUCGAUUGUCUUGAGGAGAAUAAACGUGGAGGCAGUUGCUCGGGAAAAUACACAACAGCGUGUGCAUUGGUUUUUGUUUGAAGAACGCAUUUCUCGGAGUGAUAUCGGAGCAUUCGAGUUUCUUCAGUUGUUUUGCUGAUUGGAAGAUUUUUAUAGUCCGGGGACUCUUUUGAAUAAAUUUUAUUGAGUUGAAUUGAGGGAUUUAAAAGGUUAUACACGCAUAUUGAGAUGGCACACGAGAAGGGACAGAAGAUUUUACUCAUCGAGCUGCCUGAUGUAGUUUUCAAGACAAUUUUGUCAAAUCUGUCGUACGACGAAAUGGCUCGCAAUCGGAUCGUAUGCAAACAUUUUGAUCGCACGUGUCAGCAACUGCUCAAUCGUGGCUUCAGUCUCAUGGAGAAGUACCAUGGACAAUGCCUGAGAACUGUGAAGAGUCAGCUGCCCAGGAGGGAAUCAGAGCGCAGGAAUCAUCCCCUUGCGAGACACUGCGAUGUCCUCACUGCCAUCGAAACACGCAUAUCGAUGCUAUCCAUGACUUUUAUGAAAUAUGUUAAUUUACAUCUGUGCUGCUUCAUCCCUGGGAAGGUUAUCGACGAAAUCCUGCGAGUCCUCCGUUUGAUAAAAGACACCAAAUACCCACCUCGAGCCCACGAGAUUCUCCAGGAACUCAGGGACAUCAGCAGCAUGGCAAUGGAGCACUUCGACGAGAAGAUCCUCCCAGCCCUGAAACAGAGUGUCUGUACGUCAAUGGUCAGUGGUGUAAGUUCCUACGAACUUCCUGGGGGCAGUCUCAUGAUAUCUCACCACAAUCCAUCGCCCACAUCAAGCCUCUACGGUCAUCACUCAGUGACCCAUGACAAUUGGAAUCGCACAAUGAAGAAGGUCUUCUUGAGAACAAGAAGGAACAAACAAUCAUUUUUAAGCGUUCAAGGGAGAAUAAGCAAAAUAAGACUGAGGAUGAAGAGGCAGGCCUGCCAGAUUCGUUUGCAGAGUAAAAAAUUGCAGGACCAAUCGAAGAAAAUUCACGACCAAGAACAGCAGAUAUCUGAGAUGCGGCGUCAUUUCGAGGAGUGGGAGCAGAAAAUUGGUGAUUUGACUGCUGAACUCAGUCGCGCCAGGGAGGAGCCCCUGAAGGGAGAGAGCAUUGAAGGCUGUAAACGCAAACGUAUUGAUGUAAUGAAACGUAGCAGCGAUAAUAAGGAUCUUGAGGCGAAGAAACGUAAACUCAUUGUCGAACGUAAACCGUCGAUGGAUGCCCAAGAUGCCAAAUUCAAAGAAUACAUCAAGUCACAACUCCUUGACAAGUAAAAAUCACUGAGCUCAUAAUUUUUUUAUCAUUUAACUGCAUCCUAUCUCGAUCAUAAUCAUCUAAUUGUGUAAAAAUAUACACUAGGUUAAUGACAUUCAAAUAAAUCAUUAUUGUAAAUUAAUAUGAUGUAUAUUGGAAUUGAAUUCAUGGUUUCCGUAGCUAUGGGACACAUUUUUUAGCACUGAGAAAGAUUUUGUGAAUCAAUAAACAUUUGUAUCUUA